AUGAAAAAGAAAUAUAAGACCAAGUUCCCAAGGGAACGUAUUAAGAAAAUUAUGCAAAAAGAUGAAGAGAUCGGAAAGAUAGCGCUAGCAACACCAAUUCUGAUUUCACAAUGUUUAGAAUUAUUUAUGUGUGAUCUAGUUCAAAAGACUUGUCAAAUAACACAGAGUAAGAAUGGUAAAACAAUGCAAGUUUCUCAUUUGAAAGCAUGCAUUCAACAGGAAUCAACAUUUGACUUUUUAUUGGAUAUCGUCGAGAAAAUACCAAUGAACGAUGACAAAUCAGACAAGAAAGGAAAGAAAGAGGAGGAAGAUGAAAUGAAUAUCGAUGACGAAGAAGAUGAAAGUGAGAGUGAAAGUGAUAGCGAGGAUGAUGACGAUGACGACGAUGACGAUGACGAACCAUCUUCAAGCACCAGAGGUAGAGGUAGAGGUCGUGGUUCAAGAGGUGGUCGUGGUUCCAGAGGAGGUGGAAGAGGUAGAGGUCGUGGAAGAGGUGGUGCCAACGCAGCAACUGCCAGCAGUUCGACUACCACAACCACAACAACAACAACAACAACGACAACCACCGCAACAACACCACCAUCACCAACAGUUGCACCAAGAAAGAAACGAGCUGCCAAUAAAGAGUCACCUGUUAGCAGUCCAUUCUUGGAUUCUUCGGGUGGUUCACUGCCAAUAGCAGCAGCCAACAACAACAAUAACAAUGGUUCAUUAUCACUAUUACAACCGGUUCCACUUACCGGUAGUUCAGGUGGUACAACAGGAGGAUUAUAUCUAGCUCAACCAUCAUCAUCAUCAUCAGCAUCACCAUCAUUCAGUGGACUCAAUCUGCAACAGCAACAACAACAUCAACCAUUUUAUAAUGGUAAUUCACUAGCAGCAUUAACAUCAUAUAGCAAUACAAUUUCACCACCACCAAUAAAUAACAAUAAUAAUAAUUUUAAUAAUGGUAACAGUGAAUUUAUCAGGAAAGAUACAUUGGAUAGUUCAACCAACCGAAUGCUCCUUCAUUUGAAUCCAAUUGAAUCAUCAUCAUCAUCAACAUCAUCACAACAACCCUCAUUAGUAUCACAACCAAUGCCAAAUACAUUUUCAUCACUCCAAUCAAUUCCAUCAAUUCCUUCUAUCCAAUCUAUUCCAUCACUCCAAUCAAUUCCAACUAUCCCUUCUAUUCCUUCUAUUCCAUCUAUACCACUACUCAAUACAAUUUCACCUUCCAAUUCAUUACCUCUACAAUUUGGACUUGCUCCACCAACUUUAAACAAUAGUAAAUCAAGUAUUAAUCACUUGCUUAAUAAUAGUAGUAAUGGCACCAAUAAAAAACCAUCUGUCGAAGAAGAUAAUUAUGAUUAA